AAUUUUGUUUCAUAUCGACUGUCACGAGUUCGCGUAAAUAUUUUGGUGAGGAGUUACGUUUUCCGUGUAUCGAAUUGUGAAUCAUUUGCCGCACCGUGCUAAUUUUUUUUUGUGUUUCUUCGUCUAAUACGAUGUAAAGACAAUUAAAUAAAAUAAAAAAUGAUAUUUAUGCUCCAGAAAAAAAAUAUAAAGUUGUGAUAAUAUUUAUCUGUUCACCUAUUUAAAGAUAUUAACAGGACUUCAAAAUGAGACCCGAGAGAAAGAGCGCCUGCCUUAUGACCUUCGGGUCAAUCCUAGUUGUAAUAGGAGCCGUUUUGGCUGUAUUCUGGCCGUCGAUAUUCUUUGCAACGUUAAAAAGUUUGAUGACAUUAUCACCGAACUCCGCAUCGUACGGGAUAUGGCGUGACAUACCGAUACCAAUGUACAUGGAGUUUCAUAUGUUCAACAUAUCGAACAUGGCUGAUGUUAUGGCGGGGAAGAACGUUACCCUCGAAUUUGAAGAAUUCGGGCCCUAUGUGUACAGGGAGUCGCAGAAAAAGACAAACUUAACCUGGAACGACAACGGCACAGUGACGUACUACAACGAGCGUUUCUGGCAUUUCCAGCCAGAUAUGUCGAAUGGCUCCUUGACUGACGUCAUCUACAGCAUCAACCCUAUUGUUGCGACAGUAGCCUACGUGCUACGUGACACGCCUACCUUCUUCAGGGUCCCCGUUGACGUCUUCAUGCGUAUGUAUCACGAACAUAUGUUCAUUAACGCGACGGUCUCGGAGUGGCUCUUCGAUGGCAUCGACGAUCCAAUCAUUGACAUCGCGAUGCGUUUCCCCGAUCUACCCAUUAAUAUACCGUUCGACAAGUUUGGAUGGUUUUAUGCGCGAAACGGUUCAAUAGAAUACGACGGUAGCUUUCUCAUGAACACCGGCGAGAAUGAUUUCUCCCAGCUGGGUAACCUGGAGAAGUGGAGGUACUCCAACGAAACUUUGUACAGAGAUGAGUGUGGAGCCGUGAAGGGCUCCACCGGGGAAUUGUGGGCGCCCGAAUUAGGCCAGCCGGAAAUUACCGUAUUCGCACCCGAUAUUUGCACAUAUAUGACUCUUUCUAAGACCGGCCCGAUGGAACUGAGAGGCAUCGAAGGAAUGAACUACGCGGCUAACGAUUCACUCUUCGAUAACGGAUACAAAUAUCCCAGCAAGGCAUGCUACUGCGACGAGGUCCGGGACGCCAACUGCUUACCAUCGGGCGCGCUCAACGUGUCAUCGUGUCGUUUUGGAGCCCCGGCCUUCGUGACACAGCCUCACUUCCUCAACAUGGACCCGUACUACGCCUCAAAAGUGAAGGGCCUUAACCCUAAACCAGAUAUGAAUUUCGAACUAGCGCUAGAAAUGUACACCGGAAUGCCUCUAAGGGUAGCGGCUCAACUACAGAUCAACCUUCUAAUCAGACACAUACGCGGUUUUAGUCUAAACAACCAGCUACCAGACCCCGACACGCUGGUGCCCAUGUUCUGGUUCCGGCAGGAGGUCCGCAUCACGGAGGACUACGCGUCGCUGGCCAGGUUAGCGUUAUCCCUGAGGAGUGGGAUACCCUACGGGCUUUAUGCAUUAACGGGACUCGGACUUCUUCUACUAGUCGGUGGUAUAUACGUGUUGAUGAGGAAGUUAUUGAAGUCAAACGACCCGCCGAUACUGGACUCGACGCUAGAAGACGAACCUAGGCUAAUGUGAAUAGGUUUCUAACGUUAAGGAAUGUUAAUUGUUACCAUAGAAAAAUUAUACAAUAUCAAUAAGAACUUUUGUAUGUCAAGAAAGCGAAAAAGCGGGAAAGUCUGAUGCCAAAAUCGGAAACAGAUAAAAUAAAAUCAUAGUGUGUCAUCAUGUCAUACAAGUCAAUUUAGAUUUGUUGUUAUGAAAUGAUUACCAUGGAAAGAAAAGUAAUUUCAUUCUUAUUUUUGUAAGUUAAAGGUUUUGACAAAUGAA